UAUCGAAUUCUGUCUAUAUAUACUAUCAGCUGCAUGCCACGAAUUUGCAGAAGUGUAGUGCAGAGAAAUUCAUAAACCUAUCGCGCGCUUCAAGUACUUCCCAGAAAAGCCAACUGCCAAAACCGUUUGAUCGCUACUGAAAAUGGAUCGUGAUCAGCGGCGCAGGGGUGCAGGUAAAAGAUAUUCUUUACUUCAAGGAGAUGAAUUCAACCAUAAAAUCCUGUCGGGGAAUUCUUCUGUGGGAUACUCUUCUCGUAUCUAUUACCACCGGAGCAAUGAAGGAGUUCCCUUUAAGUGGGAAAUGCAGCCCGGAACACCCAAAGACCCACCAAAGGAUGAAGGAAUUCCCCCGCUCAGUCCUCCACCGGCUGUGCUGAGCUUAGGCCUACCCAAGCCAUGCAUCAAAGUACAACCUAAUAAGGCAAAAACCUGGCCAAGGAUUAGGUUUUGGAACAAAAGCAAGAAAAACAAACAAAGAUCAGAAGAUGUCAAGGCAGGGCCUCGGCGGAGUCAUGACCACACGACUGGCUCGGACAAAUUUGAAAGGUUUGAGUUUUGUAGCUCUGACCGUGAAUUCAUGACAUCACCGCGAAUAUCAAGUUCUUCAUCCUCCUCAUCUUUGUCCUUUUCAAAUGGCCCUUCAUUGCAGUCAUCAAGGCUACAGAGUCCGGGUAGGGAUUCGUUUCGAGUGCCUUUAAGUUGCAGUCCUUGGAAUAUAAGCACGAUUCUAAGUUCGAUUGCAAGGCAUGUUUGA